AUGAAUCAAUCCCAGUUAAAUACAACUCAGUAUAUAAUAAAAAAAUAUGUUGAAUCAUCGAUUGAUAAAAAUGACAUCAAUUCUAAUUUAAAAGAAAUUCGAAAAAAAAUCUAUAAACCUCCUAAAGAAUUGGAAUUCAUUCCAACUGUUUCUCUUUUUAAAUUCUUGUUAUUGUUGGCUCAUAAUAAAGGACAAGAUGAAAUUCAAAAACUUAUUUUUGAAUCAGACCCUGACAAAAUUGGUUUAGUUAAAAUUUUUGUGGGGUUUAAAUGGGUGAUUAUUAUAAACGACUUCGAACUUGCUAAACCAUUUCUCCGAGAAAGUGCAUAUACCCUUCCAAAGAGUCAAUUACCCGAGACACAUCCAACAAGACUUUUAUUUGGAAAAGGGAUGUUUUUCACGAAUGGAGAUCUCUGGGCACAACAACGAAAAUUGGCAUCAUUAGCAUUUCAUCGAUCAUUGUGCCCUAAACCGAUCUGGAAAUGCACUAAUGACUUUAUAACUCUGUUAGACAAAUGGACGGAUACUCCGAUAGAUGCGUUUUCAUUAAUGCAACGUCUUAUUAUUCAAAUAUUGGGAAGAGUUGCUUUCGCAUAUGAUAUGGGAGCAUUGGAUAGCUUGGAGGAACCACCAUAUUUUUUAAAAAUAUAUAGCAAAAUUAUUGAUUAUGUUGCGGAUCCAUAUUUUUCAAUAUUCCCAUUUUUGAGUUCACUUCCUUUUAAAAGAAAUAUCGAACACUCUUUAUUAACUAAAGAAUUUGACACAUUUCUAUUUAAAAUUGUUGACCAACGAAAAUUAGAUUUGUCAAGAACUAAAAACAAUAAUGAAAAUACUGACUUAUUGGCUGGACUUUUAGAAGCUGCCAACAAUGAAAAAUAUAACUACACGAAUGAAGAACUUAGAGAUGAUUUAGCUUCAAUUUUUGUUUCUGGACAUGACUCUACUACGACCUCAUUAUGCGUUAUUUUUUAUCAUUUAGCAAGAUAUCCUGAUAUUCAAAAAAAAGCUAGAGAAGAAGCAAUGAAUGUUUUAGGAAACGCUUCAAAAAUACCAACUUCUGAUAGUCUUAAGGACCUAAAAUACAUAAACGCAAUAAUUAUGGAAGCGCUUCGCAUUUAUCCGCCAGCAAUACAACUGUUAUUUCGUGUUACUACUAAGCCAUUAAAUUUAUCAGAAAACAUUGUGAUACCGAAAGGAGUAGAGGCUGCUGUGAGUUUAUGGCAGGUUCAUAGAAAUCAAGAUAUUUGGAAAGAUGCUGAUAAGUUUAUACCUGAAAGAUUUAUGAACCUUGAAACAGAUAUAACAAAUCAAUGGCUGCCAUUUUCUAGUGGGCCUAGAAAUUGUAUUGGCCAAAAGUUAUCAAUGAUGAAUCAAAAAAUUGUUGUUGCAAUGAUAUUACUUAAUUAUGAGAUCUCUUUACCUCCAAAUACUCCUGAUAGAUUAUUAUUAGG